CACACACACAGUAAUAAUGCAAUUAUAGUGCAAACAUAAUUUAAACAAAUGAGAGUGCAUUCCACUACCCGUGGCGAAACUCGAAUUACAAUUACCUAAUAAACGAUGUUUCUGCUUUACAGCUACACAUUUCUCGUAUAUCAAUAACAUUCAAUCACAAUCAGCUGGAUAAAAACUUGUAAAUGUUUGAUAGCGAAUUGCGCCAAGGGCCAUGAAUGAAAUAUCAUCGAUGACAUGCUCUUGCUCACGUGUCCAUUCCCCAUAGCCCCCCCCUUUGCCCCCCCUCUGCCCACAUAGCCCCCAUAACCACCCAAAUCUCACCGAAAAACUGACAGCUCAUGGGUAAUAGAUAGUUUCGUUUGGCUGCAAUUAACACCUUGCGAGCUGCACACAAAUAUUUGCCAGACUUAUCGAGCAUUUAUCAAUGACAAGUGUGACAUAUACCGAUGAUAUGGCGUUGGGGUAGCUACGAUUGUGGCAUUCUGCAUGUAACGCAACAACAAGAGGCAGCUAAGUAAAAAAGCUGGGGGGAAAUUAAAUAUAGAAACAAGCUUUUUCUUCGGAGGUGAUAAUAUGAAAGGCGGCCGACCAAAAGUUAUAAUGCAAUGCGUGAAGUCGCUAACUCAACGAUUUAGUUUCGCUUUUCGGCCCGACUUGUGACCACUUGGAGCGCCAUGUGGAACCCAAAUGGGAAUCACAUCAGUUGCUCAACAUAUUCGUCAUGUACGCGUGUGGAAAAUAUUGCAGUCCUCGGCGAUGCGGCUUCUAUAUCAUUGCAUUCCUCAUUUGUCAAUUGGUUUUCAUAGUCAUAUUUAUGCGGAGUGAUCGCUAUGAUGAUAUAUACGCAAGUGAACUGUUAGCUUACAAAAAUGUCAGCUACCUGGAUUGGCGUGCAUUCAUAUCCCAAACACCAGAAACAACGGAGGAUUAUUACCAAUAUAACAUUGAACUGAGUAACGCUUUGGGUCUCAUACGUAAGUUGCCAGUAACAAGGCAUUCCAGUUGCACCACUCGAAACCCAAUACUUCCGCCCCCUUUGGAGGCCAAUGUGAGUGUGGUGAUCAGUUUCCACAAUGAAGCGCGUUCGAUGCUGCUGCGCACCAUUGUAUCCCUGCUGCUUCGCACGCCGGAGGACCAUCUGCACGAGCUAAUCCUUGUGGACGACGGCAGUCAGCGGGAUGUGACCCUGCUGGAUGACCUCAAGCGCUGGAUGGGCGGAGUAUUCGGGUCGAGGCAACGCCUGGGGCUCAUCUUCCUCAGGAACGAGGAGCGCAUGGGCAUGAUUUGGUCGCGCAACAGGGGCGCCUCCUUGGCCAGUGGACGCUAUGUGCUCUUCCUGGACAGCCACUGCGAGGUGAACGAUGGUUGGCUGGAACCGCUGCUGGAGCGACUGGCUGGCAAUGCCAAUCUGGCGGUUAGUCCACUACUUGACCCCAUUGAUCCGACCACCCUGAGCUACCGGAAGGGCAACGAGAUGCUGAAGGGCGGAUUUGACUGGUCCCUGCACUUCCACUGGCUAAAACGCCAGCUGGCCAGUGGGGAACGCUUGGAGAUGCCCUACCAAAGUCCUGCCUUCGCUGGCGGUGUGCUGAUGAUGUCACGCGACUGGUUCCUUAGGCUGGGCAGCUUCAAUCCGUAUCUGAAGAUCUGGGGCGGCGAGUCCAUCGAGCUGGCCAUUAAGCUGUGGCUUUGCGGUGGACAAAUUGAGAUCGUGCCCUGCAGUCGAAUCGGACACAUCUUCCGCCGCCGCCACGCCUUCGACUUCCCAUCGCAAUUCGACCAGCAGUUGAGUCCGGCCCAGGAAAUCUAUCUGCACAACUCAAAAAUCAUAGCCGAGUCCUGGCUGGACGAGUAUAAAAAUAUGUUCUACGCACUGAGGCCGGCGGCCAGGCGAAUUCCACUGGAGCACACCUAUGAUGAGCUGCAGCGGAUGCGAACGGAGCGGCAGUGUCAUCCUUUCGACUGGUAUCUGCGGCAUGUCAGCCCCGAACUAAGGAUGCACUUUGACGAGCUGUCGGCCACGGGAACGUUGCGGAACGAGGAUCGGUGUGUGCACGCCAGGCACAAGGACUCGCAGCUGAUCCUAGCCAGCUGCUACCUCAGCGACAUUACCCAGUGGAGCCUGCUGCGCCAGAGUGGACAGCUGAGCACCCAUCGGGAAUUCUGCCUGACUGUGGGAUUCGGGAUGCGAAUAGCACUGGAGCCGUGUGGCCGCAAUGAAACCGCGAGGAGGUCGCAACGAUGGAUGCGCCUAGGCACCCGGCUCAUGCACGCCGAAACGCACCUGUGCCUGGAUAAUCCGCUCAAGGAGCGAUUGGAGAUGAGCACCUGCCGUUCGCAUGCCGUAUCGCAGUCGUUUCAAUUUGCAUUGGAAAUGGAGGGGCGCACAUAAACUUGGCUAAUGAUACUGAAACUGAAUCCGAUAACGGCACAUGAUACACAUGAUACACA